AUGAUGAACUUGGACAAAAUAUCUCCACAAGUUGAGAAGUGUAUCGUGAAUAUGGAUGUUUCCAGGGUCUUACAAAUCUUCACCUCGCUUGGGCAAACCGACAUCGUAUGUUCCCUAAACGAGAAAUUCCGGACAAGUCGUAUGGAGUUUGACAAUACUUUACUCACCCUCGAAUAUUAUGUACAACGAGGAUUGAAAACUCAGCGAUAUCUUACGGAGCAGAUGAGAACUGAUACAGAUCCGUCUGAUUGGCCAUACGAUCCUAAGAUAGACAAUCCCUUCACAAACAUCGAAGAGAGACUUAUGAAUAAGUUUGGGACGCGAUGGCCCACGGUGAGUGGCGCUUUAGAUAUGAUCCACAACAAAUUUAAGCACUGUGUGGAGAAAAAAGAAUGGAAAGAUUCCACAGGGCUGACAUAUCGCGCCUGGGUUACUGUCGAUGUUUGUCCUGACAAGAUUCUAUGGGGCGAAAAUACCUCAGUAUUUGAAAGUGAGCAGUUCUUGUCACGUUUGCGACCAAAAUUCAUGGUUUUUUACCCAGGGCUGGUCAACCUCGCAUUUUUGGAGGAAAGUCAAAUCGAAGAGCUGGAAAGGAACAAAUAUCAGUUCGACGACAAAUGGAGAGACAUGAAGUUUCGCAGAAAAGUUACGGACACAAUUGCCAAGGUUAUAGGACGCUGUAAUAGCAUCGGCAACUUCCUCUUCAAUUGCGAUAGUCACUUCAGAGGGGAAAAGCUUGAUCGAAGGUGCAAGAUUAUGUAUGAGGAGUUUUGUGUACAGAGAAAAAGGUUAGAAAAUGCCGAUACGCGUAAUUUCAGCGAUUUCUUUUUUGCACGCGACUUCUCUUAUGCAGGCGACUUGCAAAAUCCCGAGAACCCCUGGCAACCAACAGACAGCGCUGGCUGCAUUCUACAUUUCAGUAAGAUGAUGGUGGAUCGCAAAUUCAGAAGAGAUGACAAUCCGAUUUACAAAUCCGAUUCCCUGUCCAAAAUUAAAGAGUAUGGAAUUGUAUACGCUAAGACUCGUAGAAGCAACCCCGAAUCUUCGUCAGGUUCUGCAGAAAAGAAUAAAGAAAGCGGAAAAUUACGUGAUACUCUUCGAAAAGAACUGAAAGAAAAUUCAUUGAAACCACGUAAUAGUGAUCGUGGAAGUUGGCAAACAAGAACUGAGAGUCAUGGACAACAACAAGGAGAUAGUAAUAAGAAAGUAGAAUCACAACCGCCAGCAAAGAAGGUAGACAGCAGUGACAAAGUAAAAGCGCAUCCGCCAGGACAUUCACUAAGAAGAGCUGAACCACUCCAGAGUGUUGGAAAGAGAGCAGAAGCAAAGAAAUCGAGUAAGAAACCAGAUCCUCAAGUUGUUCCAUCUUCCUCACGCACUGGUGGAUCGGGGGCGACAUCCCGGCGCCAUGGAUAG